CUGAUUGUCAACUCAGCCUGCAGGACGGAGGGACGGACAUGUGUUACCAGGGGAGAAGAUGAUCUCCAGCAUCCUGCUGCUGCUGGUCCUGACCUCCUCUGUCUGUGGGAGAAGAUGAUCUCCAGCAUCCUGCUGCUGCUGCUGGUCCUGACCUCCUCUGUCUGUGGAAAAUUUACUGUGAGUGUGAGCCAGACUUUCUACCAGGCCGUGGAGAACAGUAACAUCAUGAUGGAGUGGACCUUCUCACCCAUCAUACCCCUCAGCAAACUGGAUGUCUAUUGUGCUUUUUGGUUGUCCGAUCACAGGACAUCUAAGAUUUUAUAUCAUCUACAAGGCGGCGUUGAACACCCAAAGUCUCAAGAUGAGCAGUUUGCAGGACGAGCUCGAUGGGACAGGGAGGACCUGAGAAAAGGACUCGUCAGACUCCACCUGUCCAGACUCAGUAUCAACGACUCCGGCAUUUACCGGUGUGAAGUGUUCACUGAAGGUGAUGGUAAUGGAGGUUUCAAUGAGUGCUUCCUCAAUGUCACUGCUGCAAAACACCUGCCAGCAGAGCCAAAGGAGGGAGAAGAUGGAGCGGCCGUCAACAUCGGAGUUGUGAUUGGAGCUGUGAUCGGUUCUCUUGUAGUUCUUGUAGCUCUUCUUGUGGCAGUGGUAUUCGCUUUCAGACUGCGUCACUCAGGAGAACAAGUAGAUCCAGAUCCAGAGGAAUCUGCCGGUGUUGAGCUCUAGCCUGACUCUGUGACAUGAAAAGAAAUAGUUCCUUCAGUCCUGCUGCUCCAUGAGGGAACAGGCACUCCACAGAUGACUGGAUCCUGGAUCCUAUUUUGGGGUCCAAGUGACUGAUAAGAACAAACAUUUUUUUAAUUUGUCCAGUGUCAAGCAAAAUGGCUUCACCCAGCAACUGAAAAAUCGGCUGCAAUGAAAUCACACAGGGUUCGUCUGUGAAAUCAUGUCCAGUAAAAGCUCCUGUUUCUGCCACUGACAGGUUCAGAUUGUUUUGAGAAGAGUCUGACAACGUCAUGGAAAAGUUCCCUGCAGGUACAGACGUGAGCACCACCUUAACAGAAGGCUCACUCUGAAAUCUCACGUGAGGAAGACGACAGUGGAAAAGUGAGAGUUGGACCGGCUGGGAGGAGUUUGUUGUGUUGUGGUACAGGAAGCCUAGCUUAGUUUUAUCUAAAAUACUAAACAAAAAAUAGUUCAUGUUUGCGCAUAUCCGAACUGAAGCAAGAAAACAAGAAAAAGCUUAACAGAUACUGAACUAAAUAGAAAUAAAUAGAAAAGAUACUGGCCUGUAUUUUUGGUAUCGCACUGGCUUAUCCACCCUCUACCUCUGCAGCCAAUCAAGGAAGACUUGUGCCUUGAAAUUUAAUAUUUAUUCAGAGAUUGAGGCCUUAGAAACAGAAACUUAUGCACCUUGUUCCCUAUCUAACUUGAAUAUAAAUGGAAUCUAAUAACCAAACAAUGUCAUCAGCGUGUUGACAGUUAAUGAUCCGACCCAUAUUAAUCAGGCAUGUCUGGUGGGAUGUUGGCACUUUAUUUCUGGGUACAUGUUGUGGUACUGUAUGUUUGUUGGUCUUCUAGCUUCUGGAUGGUUCGAUCAACAGAACAAGGUUCAGCUCCUGUGUCGAGCCAGAGCUGUGUUGUUUGUAGCUUGCUGCUGUAGCUCUGUGUCGCUAAUGUUAGCUAAUGUUACAAACAGGGCAGACCUCUUUUUCUUAUGUGACUGCACUAUGUUUUCAAAGUGUACAGUUUGUAUCCAUAUGUUCCAUGUAGCAUUUCAAAAAGCUGUUACAAAGCUUGCGGUACUCACACUGCUGCAGUUUGAAUGUUGUGAUCAUUAAUUACAAAAAGCAUUUUAACAUUUUAACAUUUGAACUUGACUUUUAUUUAUUUAUUUAUUUGUUGUCAGUUUGAAGGCAGCUUUACUGAUCAUUUCUCCUGCUUGUUGCGACACAACCUGGACACAAAGUAGAGUGAAGAGUCGGUGUGCCAUGUGGGAAAAAUGUGUUUUCUAACUUUAAAGGGUUAGAAAACACACAGUUAGGGCUAAUUUAUCUCGAGAUAAAAAAUAAAAAAAUUUUAAAAAUUAAAAAUAAUGGACUAUGUGGCCUCUGAAGGCUUCCCUAGAAAUAAUAUAUUUUAUUAUUAGAUUGUAAAGUUUCAAUGACUUUCCAUUAACCACAGUGCCAAUUAUUUGUUAUAUUACCUUUUUCGUGCAAAUAAUAAUGCUUGACAGGGGAAAUGACAAAAAAGGCUG